AAAUAAAUUAAUAAUUAUUAAUUGAACAAUGGAACAGAAAUACUUCGUUCAUCUCCUAACGGUCCUUCUACUUUCUCUUGUAAUAGUAAACUGCCAGCAGAGGAGACCUGACAACAACAGCACAUUGAAGUGCUACCAAUGCAAUUCAUUCUAUGACAAAGGCUGUGCAGACUUCUUCGACAACAGAACAUAUCCUCUCAUUCCGUGCAAAGACAAUGUUACGCAAUGCAGAAAAAUCAUCCAAGAAAACCACUGGGACGUCAGGUACAUACGGCAGUGUGCAGUGCAGGGCGAGAUUGAAUAUAUAGUGUUGAAUAACAAUCAAAGGUGGUGCAAGGAAAGAAGUGGAGGGUACAGAACAAGACUGAAAAUAUGCCAGUGCAACAACAAAGAUGGAUGCAACACGGCUUCUCAUUUUGAUUCAUUUCAAACAAUUUUAAGUGUUGCAUUCUGUCUAACAUUAUUAUAUGAAUUACAUAAACUAACUUGUUUAAAUUAA